AUGACAAAUAAUAAGAAGGAUUUAUUUCCAACAAAAAUGAACGAUUUAGUCACAAGUGCAUCCAGAGAUUUUAGUACAAUAGAUGAGACAAAGUUAAGUUUAAUAAGUGGAGGUCAGAUUUGCUAUUCAUUUCAAAACCAAAAACUUCUGGAUGGUCGAGCGAAUCUAAUGAAAUGGUGUGCACUUGCUCUAUCUCUACUGACACUAUUUAUUACCUAUCGUUAUGUAUCGAUCGUCGUAUUAGCCGUAUGGUUUGCCAGCAUUUGUCGUCCACUCAUGGAGUAUCUAGUCAAAUAUCUGCCGUUGAAAAAACGAACAUCGAAAGAGACUCGUUCUCAGGCAAUAGCAGCCACGAUAAUUAUUGUCAUUGUGCUAUGCGUGAUUAUACCGAUUAUCGUACUUAUCGUUGCAUUAUCUAACAGCGCAUUAAAUCUCAUCGCUCGUCUUGCUCAAUCGUCAACUGUUCGCAAUGCAAUUAAUUUUAUCGUUGUACCAUUAACGUCUAAUUCAACGUCGACAUCUGAUCUAUUCGAUUUUUCUUCGACAAACACCACAAGUUUUAUUCAACGUCUGCUAGCACAACAAGAACUCACAGAUGCUGUAAAAAGUUUUGGGGGAAAAGCGCUGAGUGUUCUGUCAUUAGUGGCGAAUGCAACAGCACAAUUUGUUAUCGGCAUUCUUAUUUUUCUAAUAGCUACUUAUACAUUUCUUGUUGACGGACCAGAAUUGUGGCAAUGGAUGAUCAACCAUAGUCCGCUAUCAGCUAAACAUAUGAAUCGUUUAAAAAAAGCUUUCGAUGAAACUGGGCGUGGUCUAUUAAUAGGUGUGGGUUUGACAUGUUUAGUGCAAGGUAUUGUUGCUGCUAUUGCCUAUUUAUGUCUACGUAUUCCGCGAGCGUUAGUAUUAGGACUUUUAACAGGUUUUUGUUCUCUUAUUCCAAUAAUCGGUACGGCAAUUGUAUGGAUACCGAUCACAAUUGGUUUCAUCUUUCAAACGCAAUAUAUCAAAGCGGGUAUUAUGAUAGUAGUUGGAGUGCUGGUUAUUGGAUCAAUCGAUAAUCUGUUACGGCCACUAUUCUCUAAAUUGGGUGCUUUUGAAAUGUCAACAUUAUUACUCCUUUUAUCAAUAUUUGGUGGGAUUGAAAUGCUAGGUCCCUGGGGAGCACUUUUGGGACCAGUAAUUGUGAGACUAGCAACAGAAGCACUCAUUCUAGUACGCGAAGAUCAAGAAGAACCAGAACAGCAAGAAAAUAACUAG